AUGCAGCACAUGUCUGACUCCAAAUCUAAUCUAAGCAUGCCCCGGUCCCCCUCAGCAGCUGACUCAUACCAGCAGGGCUGCAUCAGGAUGACACUGGAGAACUCUGAUCUCUGGAAGUCUUUUCACAGUAUCGGAACAGAGAUGAUCAUAACAAAGCAUGGAAGGAGAAUGUUUCCACACUGCAGUGUGAGUCUAUCUGGGCUCCAGCCUUUUGCCAAUUAUGUCAUCAUGAUGGACAUGUGUCCCGCAGAGCACUCCAAAUAUAAGUGGAAAAAGGAGCAGUGGGAGGUCGCAACAAAGGCAGAGCCCAUGCCCCCACGUCGGACAUACAUGCACCCGGAUUCCCCUGCCACAGGAAGUCACUGGAUGAAGCAGUCAUUGUCUUUUCUCAAGGUGAAGCUCACCAACAACACCUUGGACCAGCAUGGUCAUAUCAUCCUGCACUCCAUGCAUCGCUACUACCCCAGAUUUCAAGUCAUCCAGGCAGACAGUCCUUACACUGUCCGCUGGGGCCCCUUUGAGACUUUCUCCUUCCCAGAGACAACCUUCACUGCGGUGACUGCUUACCAAAACCCAAAGAUCACCAAAUUGAAGAUUGACCACAACCCCUUCGCUAAAGGAUUCAGGGAGGGUGGCACCCAUUCCCACAGUAAAAGGUGUCGUUCAAGUAGAAGUCCCCCUGCAAAGAAAGCCACACUGGACAAAAUAGCUCUUUGCAAGAGUCCUUCAGGCCUGCAGAGGAUGCCCUCCACCACCCAGUCAGCGGACGCAGGGAAGAAUCAGGCCUCCACAGAGCAGUCACUGAAGGGGGGUCAUCUAUCAGCCUGGGCUCUUGAGCAGGACCCAUCUGAGAGUCUGCAUGCUGAGCCCUUGGAGCUGCAAGAGUAUGACUACAGCUGUGAAGAACAGAUGGUGCCUGCAUCCGUGGCAUACCAGCCCUACAGAUCUGUGGAUUACACCAGAUUUCCAUUCCCCUCCAGUGACAUUGAUGCAGCGCACACCCAUCUCCACCCUGUCCCUCACCCACUUGCCACAGCUGAACACAGCGCCCAACAACACGGUUACCAGCACCAACACCACCACCACAGCAACACAGCAGAUUGGAGCCAGUACCCGCUUUUCUCAUACUCCUGUUGGUGA